GUAACGUCUCUCCUGGAAAGAUUUCGUGUGUAGAGAAUUAAUUUUACGUACAAGAAAAAGAAGAAAAAGAGUAAAAAAAGCAAUGGCUUGGGGUUACUGGAGUGCAACUGCCGUUGAUCGUGGACGUUCACCGCGACGGAAUACGCAAUGUGCCGCCGUACCGGUCAAUACGAUGCCUCAAUCGGAGCCGCCGCCACCUCAGUGUUACAGCCCGUGCGGUCGCAGUCCCUGUGGUAGUCCAUGCCACAGUGCCUGCCAGAGUCCGACUCAGAGCACGCAGCACGUGGUGGCGGUAUGUAGUGAGUCAGAGAGUGAGACACCGUGUACGGGUCAAAUACAUCAGAUACCCCUUGAGGAGUACACGCGACGACAGUCCGGUGAUCCACUCGAUAGUCCUCAGGCGAACCAACUGUCGGAUAUUCUGUGUCGAGGUGCCACGGUCUCCUCAAUUUCUUCCGCCAACAAUACCCUCACACGGGGCGCCUCGUUGCGUGACACGGGGGACUACGAUGUGCCCCAUCCGCACCCCCAUACGCAUCACUAUAUGACCACGGCAACGUCCACAUCGUUGCAUAGUUCGCGCCCCGGGAGCGCGGGGGCUGCUUCGGUGCACGGGCACAGCAGUGCCCAUGGUAGUGGGAGCGGAAGUGGAUCGAGUCCGGGUAUGAGUGGCACGGGUAGUGUCAUUGCCGGUGGUGUCAAUUAUCUCGAGUGCCUCCACUACGAGCGAAUGCCUCUGCCAAUUCCUGUGCAGAUCCCCAUUGUGCCACCGCCGCCGCCGCCGCAUUUGCUCUCGGAAGAUGAAGUGGAGCCAGCCUAUGCUACAGUAUUUCCAAAUGUGCCGUCUGCUCCGGGAAUGUCUUGCGUCGGGGAAGAUCGUAGCAUCUAUCGACGAGGUGCACGACGAUGGCGCAAACUUUACAGGAUCAAUGGCCACAUAUUUCAAGCGAAGCGCUUCAAUAGGAGGGCCUUCUGUGCGUAUUGCCACGAUAGAAUUUGGGGCCUGGGACGGCAAGGAUUUAAGUGUAUUCAGUGUAAGUUACUGGUGCACAAGAAAUGUCACAAAAUGGUGCAGAAACCAUGCACAAAUGAACAUCAGAAGCCCAUCAUGAAGGAGCGAGAUGACAUCAAUGGGGAGAUACAGAAAGAUCACCUAUUGCCGGCGCAGGAAUUCGUGCCGGAACUAGCUGAGGGUGGUGACCAUGUAGCCGUGGAGGCACUCCAGAGUUCCGAUGAGCCCCUAGAGCCGGGGGCUCAGCGUCAGUACUCACUGGAUGACUUUGAGCUCAUUCGGGUGAUUGGACGCGGUAGUUAUGCGAAAGUGCUGAUGGUGGAGCUGAAGCGAACACGUCGCAUCUACGCCAUGAAGGUGAUCAAGAAGGCCCUCGUGACGGAUGAUGAGGACAUUGAUUGGGUGCAAACGGAGAAGCAUGUCUUUGAGACGGCAUCCAAUCAUCCCUUCCUCGUGGGUUUGCAUUCGUGCUUCCAGACACCCUCGCGGCUGUUUUUCGUCAUUGAAUUCGUGCGCGGGGGUGAUUUGAUGUUCCACAUGCAGCGGCAGCGUCAUCUGCCGGAGGAACAUGCACGCUUCUAUGCGGCUGAAAUAAGUUUGGCGCUUAACUUUUUGCACGAAAAGGGCAUCAUCUAUCGUGACUUGAAGUUGGAUAAUGUCUUGCUGGAUCACGAGGGGCACAUUAAGCUCACGGACUAUGGGAUGUGUAAAGAGGGUAUAAGGCCAGGUGACACAACUUCAACAUUCUGCGGUACUCCAAACUACAUUGCCCCAGAAAUUCUUCGUGGGGAAGAUUAUGGAUUUUCCGUGGAUUGGUGGGCUCUCGGGGUGCUCCUGUAUGAAAUGCUCGCUGGCCGCAGUCCCUUUGACAUUGCCGGUGCGUCUGACAAUCCGGACCAAAACACCGAGGAUUACCUCUUUCAGGUGAUCCUCGAGAAGACCAUCCGCAUACCGCGGUCACUUAGUGUGAAAGCCGCCUCAGUUCUCAAAGGUUUCCUCCACAAAAAUCCCGCCGAUCGACUCGGUUGCCAGCGGGAGUCCGCCUUUAUGGACAUUGUCAAUCAUCCCUUCUUCAAAAGCAUCGAUUGGGAAUUGCUUGAGCAAAAACAAGUAACGCCUCCAUUUAAGCCAAGAUUAGACUCUGAUAGAGAUCUGGCCAAUUUCCCACCUGAAUUCACGGAUGAGCCUGUUCACUUGACACCAGAUGAUGAGAGUGUAAUCGCAAAGAUCGAUCAAUCGGAGUUUGAAGGGUUCGAAUAUGUGAAUCCUCUGCUGAUGUCCCUCGAGGAUUGCGUCUGACACCACGCAACGUGCGAGCUGCAUCCCUACCAUUCGCAGCCAAUUAUCGAGACUGUCGAAAUUCUCACACAUCCCCGUGACUACAGAACAAGUUACAGAAAAUUCAGAUAAAAUGAAAAAUGUAAAUGAAAGAAAAAAUGUUGAGCGAUUGUGUGGUGAAAGGAAAGAAAAGAUGAAAGAAAAAAGAAAGAAGUCUAAACAAGAAGGAACAUUUUAGCUAUAUGGAGAUGACUCCAGCGACUACGAUUCUGUUGUGGAUGAUCUCAGCAUUCUUCAAUUACCUCCACCACCAUCCAAGAGUCUACUGCAGCACAUGUUUUGCCUUCCAUUGAAUUAAGCCGGUAACACAAAAAAAAAUGAAAAAAAAAGAAAAUGUUAAGGAGAUUAAAGUUAAAGAAGAAAAAAGACAAAAAAUGAGGAACUUUUAUAGUAACAAAAUUGAUUGUGAAGUGAAAGGAAAAUGUGGAAAAAUGCGAAUUUUUCUUUUAAAAAAUUAGAGCUUUUAUUUUUGUUGUUUGCAAAUUAAAUGGAUUAAUUACUUUGGUUGGGAUUUGUUUGCUAAAUUCCUGCUAAAAGAUUAAUGAAAACAAUAAUACCAGACGAAGAUUCAGCCUACGAAAGAUGUUAAAGGCCUAACUAUAGCUUUUCGCAAGAAACGCAUUUUCGUGGUUUUUUCUCACUUUCUCCUUCAUAUAUUGUAUCGCGCUGUCACUGUCAAACAAGAAACGCGAUUUCUAUGUUUCAUGAGCGUUUUUCUUGUUUGACAGUGACAGCGCGGCACAAUUUAACAAGGACCAAGUGAGAAAAAACACGAAAACGUGUUUCCUAACAAAAUGUAUGGGUACAGCUUUACGGUAUGAGUUCGUACUUAAGAAUGAUGGACACUGAGAUGAUCUACGUGGACUGCCUGUAGUUAUCGUCACUGACAAACUAAAAGUUGCGUGAGAGAAGUUUUUUUAAAUUCGUCAUUUUUGCGAUGUUUAUUAUAAAAGGUUUUGUAACUAUUUCUUCUUCAGCUUCGUAAAUAAAACGCAUAAAUUUCACUUUGCCACUGAAUAGUUUAUAUUUUCAUUUUUCUUUUAAAAUCCAAUUUUCAUGCACUUUUCUUUCACGGUAAUCGACAAAUCUUCGGGCCGCGUGAGGGACUUCACAAACUUAGACUCUUCAGGCUCAGUGGCCCCUCGUGUUAGGUGAUGCUGAUGUUGAUGUUGUUGCGGCUGGGCACAUACUGUCUUUUUCCCUGUAAUGAAAAGUAAAGCACCCGCGGGGCAGUUAGUGUAUGUUACUUUAUGGGCGCCCGCGCUGCAUUUGGAGAGGGAGAAUUUUAAAAAUUUUCGUUACACAUUUCGAACGUUACAGUUUAUUGAAAGAGAAAAGAAGUUUUGCAUGUACUUUCCAUUAUAUACUAGGUGGCGCAUAAGUUAAUGCAUGAUUUUGCAUGUAAACCAGCCUUAAAUCAUGCAUUAACUUAUGCGCCACUCUAUAUAAAGUUCCCCACCAUUGAAACAACCUCUGCUACUCUCUCUUCAAUUUAUUCUCACCUCUUCUUCUGGAUAUAACCUUUGUUGGGCUUCUUGUGACAACCGUGGUCACCACGACCGUUGUCACAAUCUCCGACUCUCCUUCACUUUGAUUAGGGCGCCAGUUCCGAGUGGAAUCAUGAAGGAAUCUCUAUCGGUGUCCCUCUUGGCUUCCGGCAAAAGAAUCCCAAAUUCAAACCACUUUCCAACUUUUCAUAAUUUGGGGAAUGAAGAGAAAAACACAAAUCUCCUCUUAAUGACAACUCAAUCCAGACUGAUGGCUGACAUUUCCCCUCCCAAAUUGGAGACUUUUUUUUAAAUUUAGCCGUUAUCAUUGCCAUACCUCAUAUUUAUGAAAAAUCCGAACGUUACACCAUCACAACAAUUUUAGUUUUUGAAAUUCAUUAAGAUUCUGUUUUAAUUGUAAUUUUGGGGUCUUAUUUCACCAAAUAAUUGCAAAUAAAUCCUAAUCAUGUUAAUCAAUCCAUUUAGUAUUCAAUGCAAAAAAACGAAUUGCUUUCUCUUUGAAAAAAUUCACUACCAAGUUUCGUGAAAUUUUCAAAAAAUUCACUUCAAAACACUUCUGCGAAUAUUGCUGAAAAAAAAACAAAUCUUUUCAAAAUUCAUUUCUCUGAAUAUUUAAAAAUAAAAAUAAUAAAUUGCAAAAGUAUUACUUAAAAGAUAAGAUAAAAAAUCACGAUUUUUUCGAUAAAAAAGAUCACAGAUUAAUUUAAAAAAAAAACCCGUAAAAUGCGUGACGUCAAAAAAGGAAAUUCAAGUAUUAAAAAAAAAGAUGAAAAAUAAGUAAUAAAACAAGAUAUUUUUUAGUAUUUUAUUUAAAAAACGUAUAAUGAGAUAAAACAUUGCGUAGUGAGUGAGAAAACAAAAAAAAAGACAUCGUUAUUUUGUCAUAAAAUGGAAUAAAUGAAGAUAAAAAAACAGUUCUAAAAAUCACAUAUAUAAUGAAACAUUUUUUAGUAAAUAUUAAUAUUUAGCAAUAGUAGUUAUAAAAUAUUUUGAGAGGAGAAUGAAAAGAUAAAAUAAACAAAAAAAAUCAACUGAUAAAUACAAAAAAAAAUUAAAGCAAAAACAGCUUAAUAAUGCAAGACAUGAUAGAAAAAAAAGAAAAUCAAAUGGAAGGAUUAAAAGAAAAAGAAAAAAUAAAGAAAAAUCAACGAAAAUCGUCUUGUAAAUAAAAGAAAAAACAGAUUAAAUUGAGAUAAAAAGCGAGCAUUUCUAUGGCAAUGCUGCAUUGAAAAUAAGAAUAAAAAAAAACAAGUGAUGAGGUGUAUAUAGCAAAUAAACUAACAUUCUAGGCACUUUAAUGAAAUAUAUUAAUAUAUUAUAUAUUACAAAAAAAAACUAUUUGAAAAGAUAUUUACUUUUUUGCACACACACAACUUAUUAAAAAAAAAAACAAAACAUAAAUGCAGUUCCAGAACAUUUUUGAAUAAUUCAAUAAAAUAAAAAAAAGCAUUUAAAAAAAACUGAAGAAAUUAACAAAAAAAAAGAGUUAGAAAAUAGAUGAAAAAACAAAUAUUGAAAGCAAAGUGAAUAAAAGAAUUUUAGGAGAAAUUUUAUUAAAAAAAGAAAAAGAUGCUCAAAAAUUUUAACCGUGUGUUUAUUUUUUUUGUCUUUAAUACACGAAAAGAAUUUUAAGUGUCAGACGAAAAGAAAUUAUUGAAAAAGUGAGUUUUGAAAUAAAAAAAAAAUAAUGCGAAAGAAUGUUUAGGGAAUAUAAGAAAUUGUCUCAUUUUUUCCUUUCAUUCAUCAUUAUUUUGAAGUUAUUUUUUAAAUGUUUUAACGGUUAAAAUAUUCCUUUUUUUUUCUUCAUUUAACAUUAUAUUAAAAAAUAUUUUUUUUUCUUUAAUUAACUUCAUCAUCACUUGUUCUUUUUAAUUUAUUAAGAAAGAUUGAAAAUAAAUAAUUUUAUUAAUGAUUUGAAUGAUUUUAAUCAAGAGCCUGUAGAAGGUUGUAAAUCAACCGAAAUGUCAUUUUUGACGUCUAUUUUGAAUUUUCAAAUUGUAACGAAUUUCUUGGGUUUUUGCUCCAAUUUUUUUUGUUUAAUGUUGAGAUCUCUAAAUGAAGGAGUUUAUUCAUUUUAAGGUGCUUACUGAGAAUUUUAAUGUUAUGGUAGAGAAUGGAGAAAAUAAUCAAGAAAAUCUGGAUAGACUUUUAUCUGAAACUUGCGAAUGAUUGAAGCAUAUUUUGUUUCAAAAUGACUGAAACAAGUCCCUAUUUUAGAAAACUAACAUACAACUUUUAAAAUAAAGUAGAAAAUUUUUCUCUGAUCUUUCAAGCCAUUUGAAUUGUGUUAUAGGAUGACUUGAAUAGAACUCUGAUGCAUUUUUCUCUACAUGAAGCAUUAGCGUUUAUAAUCCGAUUAGCAAUUAAGCACUGAUGCAUAUGCUUCAUAUAAAAAUAUACGAGUUGUGGAUUUUCAGGCUUGUUCCUGGAGCCCUGUAAAUGUUUUUUUUUUUUUCUAUUUAUAAAGCUUAUGCGUUAAUGCUCAAAUUGUCCAGAAGUUAAAAUACUUUAUCACGGACUGAAAUUUUUCAGCAAAAUAAAUUAAAAUUAAAUUUAAAAUUUAAAUUUAAAAUUUUUUUAAAUUUUUACAACAAUUUGAGUCUCUAAUUUGACCAAAGCUUAAUGUAGAACAUUGUCAUUCAGUAACAUCAUGAGCACCCUAAAAUGAAUAAACUCCUUUUGUUUGAAUUUUAGUUGUAUUAGAUGGAUUUUGUUAGGCAUUACGGCUUAAUUUGUUCUUAAGAUAAUUUUUAGUCUUUUUCUUUCUUAAACUCCUUUCUCUGUGUUGAUAGAAAUUUGAUUAAUUUUCCAUUUAUUUCAACUACUAAUUUCAUUUAAUGUUUCAUUCCUGCAUCAUGAAACACGUAUGUUUUAUUGAUGCUUUCCGUGUGUUUUUUUUCUAGAAAUAUUUAAUUCCUAUUAAUUAAUUUUUAAAUAAAAAAAAUGAGUUUUUUUUCAAUUAGAAAUAUUUUUAUUAUCUCAAAAAUAUUUACAUAAAAAAGACAAAAAAAAAGUAUUAAAAGUAUUCCCAUUUUUUGUGUUUGAAUUGUUUUUCUUUUACAAAGUUUUUUCUUUAACCUUUUCAACGUCAUAUUUUUUGAAUUUUGCAAAUUGUGAAAGGGUGUUAAAUAAUGUAAUAUAAAAAAUAUAUAUUAGAAAAAAAGUGAAUUUCUAUAAUGUUUUAAAUAUUGAGAUGAAAAGAAAAAAAAACAAUUAACAACCACAAAUUGAAAAAUAUUCACAGUAUUUUCUUUCUUCUAUUGAAAAAAUUUUUGAAGAAAAAACAAUAUAAAAAAUAGCCUCUUAUAUAUUAUUGAAAUGAGAAGAGAUGAAAAAAAAACUUUCCACUUAUUAACAAAACAGAAAAAAAGACGAAGAGAUAUAUUAGUGAAAAAACAAAAUGUUAUGAAUUUAUUAAAAACUCCAUCCUUUUGGAGAUGAAAAAAAAAGUAAAACAUUAUUUACAGUUGAAAAAUGCAAAAGAAAAACUCCUCUAAAAUUUCUAAGAAAAAAAACUAAUAUUAUAUAUUUCCCAAUUUAUGAAAAUCCUUUUUCUCUUUUUCAAUUUUUAAAUUCACAUUUAAUGAAAAGAAAAUCAAAGGAUUUUUAUUUUAGACAUUAACCUAAUAAAAAGUUGAGAUCUUUAUUCACAAUUUUCUAUUUUAUCAAAUUUAUAUUAAAGUUUUUUUUCCCUUUUAAAGAAUAUAUAAAUAUUUCUCCUUUUUUAAAAAAAAAUAGAAAAUAAUAUAAAUUUAUCGAUGAUUAAUCAAAUGGUUUGUAUUGCAAGAAAAAAAAUGAGAAAAAAUAUUAAAAUGAUAAAAUACAAUAUUGAUGAAGAAGAAAACAAAAACAAAUAGCAUGAGAAUUAAACAACAAUGAAAAAAACAUUGAGAAAAAAUCAAAAAGAAAA